GUUCCUGACUUCCUGCUCCGCGGCUUCUCUGAAGUUUCUCUCCGGUUCAUGAGAAAAGUUUAAAGAGCGGAAACCGAGUGCCAGCUUCAAUUCAUGGAUCAAACUUCGCGACGAUCAACGGACACAUUUCGGACUCUAUGAUUCGACCGAAAACAACAAUAUUUACGUGUCCACCGCCAAAUCCUGAACCAUGGAGGACCCAAACAUACCUCAGCGUAAGAUGUCAACAGCAGGAGUCAGCUUGUACAAAGUCCUGGGCCUGGAGAAAGGAGCAUCUCAGGAAGAAAUAAAGAAGGCGUACAGGAAACUGGCGUUACGGCAUCACCCCGACAAGAACCCGGACAACCCAGAAGCUGCUGAGAAAUUCAAGGAGAUCAACAACGCCAACUCCAUCCUCAAUGACGAGAACAAACGGAAGAUCUACGAUGAGUACGGGUCCAUGGGCCUCUACGCCGCGGAGCAGUUUGGGGAAGAGGGCGCCAAAUACUACUUCCUCACGUCCAGGUGUUGGUUCAAGGGCCUUGUGGUGUGCUGCAGUAUUUUCACCUGCUGCUGCUGUUGCUUCUGCUGCUGUUGCUGCUGUGGGAAGUGCAAACCUUCAGAAGACGAGGAACAUUUCGUCUACAUGGAUCCCGAGGACCUGGAGGCAGAGAUCAGAGAGCAAGAUGCAGCUGGAGGCAAUGUAAUAAUUAUUCAGCCGAGCCCUAGCGACGCCUCAGGAGAGGUUUUCACGUCUCCAGGUGAGAACGCACCGAUUGUGAUUCAGCCUCAUGCGACUAACGGCACCUCCGGGCCCUGAUCCUCCCAGCAGUCAGCUGAUAAAUGAGUGAGUGGAGUCUGGGCUGUAAUAAACACCACGUCAUAUCGAUCGUUGUCGGAGCGGCUGAUGAAUUUGAAUGUUGCUGUUUUCCUCAAACUCUGGCUGACUUGCAGAAAACUCAUCUCAGGCGUAUUUGUUUAAGCAAAUCAAGCAGCGAUUUGAUUGUGCCAUACUUUGUUUUUUUAAGUGCCAGUGGGAUUUGUCUUUGAUCCAGUCUCAUAUUUAUUUUUUAAACUUGUUUUAUUUUUGAAUAUUGGGGCAGUUUCUGGACUGCAGUGACAAAUGACAAAGCCAAUGCAGAUCAAAGCUCUGGAAUAAUUCGUUUUCACGUGCACUUUAUUGUCUCAACUUCAUGUUUAAAAUCAUAAAGCUGCCACGACGGACAUUUCGGCUCUUGGGUCAGAAAUGUUAAAAAAAAAAAUUUUAAUGUAACAUAAUGUCAUUUGAGGCCAACCACUUGGAGACUUACGGGGUGUUUAGUCAUUCUGCACAUAGAUACAUAACGUAGAAACAAAGUAAAGGGCUUCAUGAAAUUAUGCAGAUUUCCAUUCACAUUCCUCAGAUGCUACAGCAUGUUGUGACUAAAUCAAACGGUGGGUUUUUAAAUGUUUAGUUGUCGACUGUUUCCACUGCCUGUAAGUAGCCCAAUGAGAAUUCAUGAAACAAUGCAGACAGACAUUUUGAGAGAAACACUUAUUCGCUUUCUUUCUGAAAGUUAGAGUAGUUGUGUGAUUGGUGGUAAGGAAAUUGGCGGUGUGAGUCUUCAAAAUGUCUGUGGAUUUAAAAAUAGAGCAACAUAUUCAUAAAGUUGGGUUUAAUCGCCCCGAACAAAACACUUUGGCAACAUAAGGAUUCAUAUUUGUUUGAUUUUCAGGCACCAUAUUGGAGUUUUGUAAGUGUUACAACAGUAUUUACAAGUCAGAAACUGGACCUACGAAUAACUCCUGUAUGACACGAAUCCUGCAUUCAGUUUGGAGCUGGAGGCGGGAGGUGAUUAGCCUAGCUUAGCGUAAAGCCUGGCAGCAGAGGAAAGAGUUAGCCUGGUUCAAAAAAUAUAUACCUCUGACACAAACCUUCUGCACUUUCUGACGUUUGUCUACAGAUGAAACAGUUUUUAUAUUUUUAUAUAGGCAGAUGUUUUUUUUUAAAACUCUGGACGGAGAUAGGCUAGCUGUUCCCCUCUGUUUCCAGUCUUUAUGCUAAGCUAAGCUAAUUGCCUCCUGGCUCCAGCUCCACACUAACAAACACACCGACAUGAGAGUGCAAUCAAUCCUCUCAUCUAACUCUUUUAAAGAAAGUGAAUCAGUGUAACUCUCACUAUAUUUGAAUUAAACCUCAACAAAAAACACGAGGCGGUGAAUAUUCAUUUAGGUACUGAUAAAGCUCUUAAAAAUCAUCUGAUAUUUUAUGAAAAACACUCUUCCCACACUUGACACUAAAACCAACAUCAGUUGCUUCACUCGAAAAGUUACUGGUUUGAUUUAUUGAUCUCUCUGUGGUGUGUGAGGUUAUAUGUAUAUUAGUGAUGUUUGUGAUCAAUACAGGAACUGUGUUUUUAUGUAAAAUCUGAGAUAUAUAUUUUUGAUUCAAAGUUUUAUGACGAUGAAUUUGAGUGUAUAUUAAGAUAACGCCUUAAAUUAUGUCAUGUUUCAUCGUGUUUACAUUACAUUUUGUGCUUGUUCUGGGUGGAGGAAUGUUGGGUUUGGGCUUCAUCGGGUUGUUUCUUGUACAAAUCCAUUCGAAUAUCUGCAUCAUUUUUAGCAUUUAAUCUAUUUUUUCAUGCAGGAUGAGCGUCUUUCAUAGACAUUCAAACAAUGUAUUUAUAUCAAUCUUAAACAGUUUACCCUUACUAAGCCCCGCCCCUUUUUGCUCUGCGCUCCAAUCACAGUUGAUGACUUCGCCAUCCUGGGAAAACAAAUAUUGUGUACAGGAAAGGAGAAAGCUGAGCGAGGGUUGCCGGACUUAUGAUGGGUCAAAUUCAGUCAGUUUUAUAUAUAUCAUAAUUGCCAAAACUUUCACAAAAGUGCCUGAAUAUGUUUUAGUGGGAUUAAGUUACUUUUUUUAAUUUCUUCUUGAGGUUUGAAUUGUUUCAUCAAAACAGAAAAUUAUAUAUUUUGUUUUAUCUCAACAUUCCCAGCUAUUUUUUCAUUCUUUUAACUUGUACAAACUGUUUUUUUUUUCUGUACAAUAAAUGGUUGUCUGAUCAAAUAAACUUGGUUGAUACUGAA